GCCGGCGGCGGCCUGGUCCGGACGGCGGCUGCGUCCUCGCCGCCCUCCGCGCCCACGCCGCCGGGGCCCUGGCCUCGGACCCGCCCGGUCCCAGCAGCAGCGCGCGCGGCCGGGGUGGGCGGCGGCCGCGCGGGGCAUGAGGAGGCGGCGGCGCGCGGAGAUGAUGCUCCGGGGCUGAGGAGACGCCGCGGCCGAGCGCAGUGGCGACUCGCGGGAUGGCCCAGCCGGCCGGCCCCACGGGCGGCGGGGCGCCGGCGGGCGGCGAGGGGCCUGCGGAGCCCGGGACGGCCUCCGGCGCGGCCGGGGGCCCGCGGGACGCGCUGAGCCUGCGGGAGAUCCUGUGUCUCUACAACCAGCCCAUUAACGAGGAGCAGGCGUGGGCCGUGUGCUUCCAGUGCUGCGGCUCCCUGCGCGCCGCCGCCGCCCGCCGCCGCGUGCGCUCGGCCGCCGACAUCCGCGUCUGGAGGGACGGCGCCGUCACCCUGGCGCCCGCCGCCGCGGACGACGACGCGGGUAAAUUGGGAUGUUCACAUUAUACAGAAACAGAGAUUAUUGAAUCUUUGGGAAUUAUUAUUUAUAAAGCACUGGACUAUGGUUUGAAGGAGAAUGAAGAAAGGGAGCUGAGCCCUCCCCUAGAGCAACUCAUUGAUCUUAUGGCCAACACAGCAGAAGCCGAUGGUAGCAAUGAUGAGGGCUAUGAGGCUGCAGAUGAAGGCCUGGAAGAUGAAGGCGAUGCAAAGAGGAAAGUCUCAGCUAUUCGGUCGUAUAGAGACGUCAUGAAGUUAUGUGCUGCCCAUCUCCCAGCUGAAUCAGAAGCCCCAAAGCAUUAUCAGGCAGUAUGUCGUGCACUAUUUGCAGAAACAAUGGAGCUGCAUACAUUUCUGACCAAAAUCAAGAGUGCAAAGGAGAAUCUUAAGAAAAUUCAAGAAAUGGAAAAGAGUGAUGAGUCUAGCACAGACUUGGAGGAGCUGAAAAAUGCCGACUGGGCAAGAUUCUGGGUACAGGUGAUGAGGGAUUUGCGAAAUGGUGUAAAACUAAAGAAGGUCCAAGAGCGGCAGUAUAACCCUUUGCCCAUUGAAUAUCAGCUUACCCCUUAUGAGAUGCUAAUGGAUGACAUUCGGUGCAAACGAUACACUUUGCGAAAAGUGAUGGUGAAUGGUGAUAUUCCCCCUCGGUUAAAAAAAAGUGCUCAUGAAAUCAUCCUCGACUUCAUCAGAUCAAGACCCCCUUUAAACCCAGCCUCAGCCAGAAAACUGAAACCAACCCCACCACGGCCACGGAGCCUCCAUGAAAGAAUAUUAGAAGAAAUUAAAGCAGAAAGAAAACUGCGUCCUGUCUCACCAGAGGAGAUUAGACGUAACAAAUUACAUGUACCUGCCCCUGAAUCUCCAAAGAAUGUUGUAGAAUCAUCUGUGCUGAAUGGAGAUUUAUCGUCACAAACAGCAGAAAAUGGGUUAAAUACGGCACAACUGGCACCGGUGCAGAGGAAGAAGCUCCUGAAAGCCCCCACGUUGGCCGAGCUGGACAGCUCAGAGUCAGAGGAGGAGACUCUGCACAAGUCGUCCAGCAGCAGCAGCGUGUCCCCCUCCCUCCUCGAGGAUACAGCGUUGGAGGCGGCAUCCGCCAGGAAGCAGCCUCCGAAAUUUUUACCCAUAUCAUCAACACCCCAGCCAGAGCGAAGGCAGCCAUCCCAGAGACGACAUUCCAUCGAAAAGGAAACACCUACUAACGUGAGGCAGUUCCUGCCACCAUCUCGGCUGAGCUCUCGCUCCCUUGUGCCUAGGAUAACCAGUGUAUGGCCAAGGACGCCUUUCCGACCACUUUUUUCUACCAUACAAACAGCUUCUCUGCUCAGCUCUCACCCUUUGGAAGCAGCCAUGUUUGGGGUAGCAGGGGCUAUGUAUUAUCUAUGUGAGAGAGCUUUUGCCAGCAGGUGGAAGUCCUCAAAGGAGGAGUUCUGCUACCCAGUGGAGUGCCUCGCCCUCACUGUGGAGGAGGUGAUGCAUAUCCGUCAGGUCCUGGUGAAGGCAGAGCUGGAAAAAUACCAACAGUAUAAAGAUGUCUACACUGCCCUGAAAAAAGGAAAGCUCUGCUUUUGUUGCCGAACCAGGAGGUUUUCCUUCUUCACCUGGUCCUACACCUGUCAGUUCUGUAAGAGGCCGGUGUGCUCACAGUGUUGCAAAAAGAUGCGGCUGCCCUCCAAGCCAUACUCCACCCUUCCCAUCUUCUCACUGGGACCUGCUGCCUUGCAGAAAGGGGAAAGUUGUGUGAGGCCAGAAAGACCCUCCACUGGCCACCAUCGGCCACUUCGGAGCAUUGCCAGGUUCUCCUCAAAAUCUAAGUCUGUGGACAAGUCCGAUGAAGAACUCCAAUUUCCCAAAGAGUUAAUGGAGGACUGGAGCACCAUGGAAGUGUGUGUGGACUGCAAAAAGUUCAUUUCGGAAAUCAUCAGUUCAAGCCGGCGCAGCCUGGUGUUGGCCAACAAAAGAGCCCGGUUAAAAAGGAAGACACAGUCUUUCUAUAUGUCCUCACCAGGCCCCUCGGAGUACUGCCCUUCAGAGAGGACGAUCAGUGAGAUCUGAGCCCCGUGCCUUUCGGCUGCUUUUGUGUCUGGAGUCGGCAUUAGUGUGUGAGAACACUGAACCGGACUGUCUCUCCCUCCCUUGGUUUUAUUUCUUAGGCCUGAAUUUGCAUUAAAUCAGAUCCUUGCUGCAUCACGUCGCUCACAGACUGAACACUGUGUUGAUAUCGAUUGACGAUAUGUGACAGAUCAGCCAGCUGCUUAUUUGCACCAAGAGAGGACAGUAGUUGGAACAUUGUUUUUAUGUGUGUGGCUUUGGAAGUCAGAAACUUUUUCCUUAGUUCAGAUUUUUACUGGUCCUCAAAUAAUUUCCUGACUAAGGCAAAAAGCUUCUCCUUGAGAAACCUGCCUCACAGAGGUGUCUUAGCAGUAAGUCAUAUUGGCAUUCCCACACAACAGUGUUUCUACCCAGGACCCAGAGCCCUGCCACGUACCAGGUGCCUGGAGGUGGGCUGAGCUGUUUAAUUAUCUCACAACACAAAACCUAGAAGGAUUUGCUGAUACUAUCAAUUGAUUUUUAAAUUAUUAUUGCCCUGCAAGAGAUGUUAUGCCUGCAUUCUAGCACGAAGCAUCUGAGUGAGCUGCAUACUGCAUGGUGGCCGUUUCCACUGAGCUGCCCUGGGUGUCCUCCUGCCAUGGAUCAGAGUCUCCCAAGUAGGGCUGGGUUUUCCUUCCCUAUCUUGAAUAUAUUAUAGUUGCUAAUAGUUUUAUAAUGCGGGUCUAAAUUAAAGUUUUGGGGAGUCUCAAUAAAGGAAGGCUAAAAAUCUUGUGAAGAGGUUAACUGUGAGAGGAUCCUGGCAGCUCAGGUACCAGCCAUAGGCCGCACUGCAGGACAGCAGGAGCUCAUAUGUUCACCUGUGUCUUGAGGAGAAUGCAGCCAUCAUGACUAAAUUAAGCCACAAUUUGAUAACUAAGGUCUCCACCUGAGAUGUAUUUUCAUAAUGAAUUUUAAAAGAAAAAUAUCUAGCUCUUUUAUUAAAAUGAAAAGACAACCUGCUGACAGGAAAAAUUUUCAGAUGCUUUUUGCACUAGUUUUCCUCGUAAAUGAUGUGAGUGAGCAGGUUGGGUCUCUGAUGAAGGUGCUUUGGAGGGUGUGUGUGUACCUCAUGUCUCAGCUUACAUGGCCCCCACCAUGGGCUAUAGUUCAUUAUUUUGGUGUGCUUACAGAUGACCACCCAAUCAAGUUCUGUUACCAUCUGCGAAAUCAGUUACUGCGCAUGCACAGUGAUUCCUGAGAGCCUCAGGGACGUCUGUAGUCAGCACGUGAGAGGCAGUUGCAUCUCACACCACAGUUAAAUAGCUAACAUUUCCACACUAACUUAACGGUAAUACCUCAAGACUUCUCCAGUAGUAGUUUUUAAUGGAUUGAAAUUUACAAUUUAAAAAUGGCUUAAAAUUACUUACACUUAUGAAAUAAACUUUACCAAUUGACUAAAAUAA